AUGAGACAGGAUCAUCAUAGUGAUGAGGACGUUUUUGUUGAAAGGAGUAAUGAUGAUGAUGAAUCUGUAAAUGAAAUUUAUGAUGCCAAUACAUUGGAAAUUAGUUUUUCUCCAAAUAAUAAUCAUUCGGAUGAUGAAGAUCAACCAACCCAAGGCUUAUGGAAAGCAACGCUUCACCUUCUCACUGGAGAUUUAUUUCCAAUGAGGAAUUUCAUAUUUCAUAAUCGGAGGAGGAGCAAAUCAUCACAGUACUAUGCAACAACUUUUUAUGAACAAAUGAUUUUGUACAUUUCUGAAUUAUUGUUUGAUAGGAAUGAUAUGAAUGCAAGUCGAUGGAUGAUGCUUAUUGCUUGUGUACUUUCAUUGAUCGGAUAUGUCUAUUACCGAUGGCUCUAUUUGAAACGAAGAGAGGAAAGAACGGAUUUUGUGGAUUUGGCUCUUCGACAAAAGUAUCGAUUUUUGAAGUGA